AUGAAACGACUGUGCGGUUCUGUCGGUCGGGCUGCAGGCAAACCGCCUCGCCGUUCCACAACCAACAGAGCGUGGCACCUUCUCGAGGGUGAAGCCGUCGUGGUCCCCAUCACGCUCGCAGCAAUGCCCUGCUGCAAUCACUCCCACAGAGAGACAAUAAAGAGUGUGUGGAUGUGUGCCGAGAGCACAGCGACUGUCACCGUCAGAGGAGGCCAUCGUGGCACCGUCCGUCACGCGUCAGCGCACACCGAGCAACGCACGCACCCGGCAGUGCAAAAACAACGAGGAGAGAAGAAUGCCCCAAGAGCAGGCAACUUCACGCAUGGCAGGCAUCGUGCGGCCGCGUCGCCAUUUCAGCACGGGACGCAAGCCAACGUCCCUACCUUCGCCAAAGCAUUCCUGCAGAGCGCUGUGCAAAUACAUGUGUGUGUGUGUGCUGGAGAAACGGAAAAAGAAGCACAGGGAAGCACAUCAACACAGCAAGAGGCACAGCUGGAUGACGGCGAUACAUGCGGUACGGCCCCAACCUCAACAUUCACACACGGUGGCAGCACACACCAUUCACAAAAAACAAAAAAAAGAAAUCUUAAAAACACGGCGGCAGGGUGUGGCUGUGUGUGUGGCGCUGCGAGUGUCUGCCCGCCCUGGCCGCAAAAAACAAAACAAAACAAGAGGGAAGAAAUGUGUGCUCCGCCCCACAGGCCCUCGUCGCACGCCCACACGUCACGGCUCCCUCAGCGCGCCGUUCGUCGCGGCCCCUCCUCAUGCGUGCAGCAGGCGAGGCGCACAGGGCCGUCGUCAUGGGCGUGUCGGUGGGUGUGCGAGUGGAGCAGUUGGGCGGAAACACACGGCACCCUCACAGGAAGAGUGCGGAAGAAACAAUUAAAGAGGGAAGAGUAG